CCCUGCGCUGAAACAGUAUGUGGUGGCGAUAAAGAAGCCAUGUACUCUACUCUCGAUGAUGCAUGUAUUUGCAGCACAGUAAGAGAUCUGUUCGACAGCUCCAUACCGAUCGCUCUGGGAACGAACCCCGAGGAUCCAGGAUCACCCUUGACGCAAUUCCAGCAACGCGAUCCAGGACAGGAUGAAUCAGUAGUACAAAUCUCCGAUCCUGAACCUUCCUACAUCCCGCCACCAAAGCCUGACAUUACUCCAGAUCUGAUUGCUGAAGCCCUGGCGAUUCAACCACAGAACACCGCCACAGUCAGUUCAAUCAUUCCCUAUUUCAAGAGUGGUAUCUUCAAGGUGUUUAUUCAACUCAACGGGCCUGUUGCCGUGACAAUUGUAGUGAAUGCAAGCGUCAGCCUCCCCUGUGACAGCAUUGGCCUUGCUGAUCCUCAACCAAACGUUGCCUUGGUCCCUAAGGUCGUCCACGAAGGGCAGGGUGUUAAUCAAACUGUGAUUGCUGAUUGCGAAGUCAUUGCUGUCAAUAUGUAUAAUCCACAAGUCAUCACAUACUGGAUACAAAAGAUUGCAGAUGGCACACUUUACUCUGUCGUGAGCAGCAACAAAGUGCGGGACAUCGACAAGAUGGAUACUAGUCAGAGCGUCGCAUUGGCACUGGUCACCUUAUCCGGCGGUGAGAAGCGCAGCUUACCUCAUACUGCCGGAUUGAUUGCCCCUGAGAAGCGUCAGAUUUUUGCUGCGGACUGCGUCGUGGCAUGUCCUUUCUACCAUAUGCACAUGAUUCAGGGGACUGAUGGUUAUUGUGGGUGUAUGUUCAACAGUGCCGAGCAAGAAGUUAAGCUUACCACUCGGGGAAUCAAGGAGCCUGACGUGUAUACUACAAUCAUGACAGCCGAAGCUUGUGCAGCGAUGAUAUGCUUCAAUGAAGGAAAUAAGCCAGCCGCGUUCAAUCCUUUCACCCGAACCUGUUGGUGUUACACUCAACCAACAAUCGACUCGAAUCCGAGUGCGUGGAACGGAUGA